AUGCAUUGAUUUAAGAACCAUCCCCUUCCAAAGACCACCCAUCUCACUUCCCCUACAUCCUCGCCUUGCUUUCCUCCGAUUCCAUGGAUUCUCCACCACCUUCUACACCGCCCUACACUCGGUCCUCCGCCGAGCCACGGCUUCGGAGCAAGCCCGCCUCCCGCCUUGCGCCCGCCUUGGACGGUGGCGAAGGCCACAAUGACACCCAGAUCGUCCCCUUCCUCGCCACCCCGCCGUCUAGAAAGAAGUCGCCACUGUCGGCAUCUCCGCUUCACCUCUCCUCCCAUAGUCCCGUUCCUCUCAAAGAUCUCCUCCUCCUCUCCCCUUCCCCUCGCCACAAGCCCAAAGGGCGGCUGGCUGUCGAGGAGAGCCUCGAGGUUGCGGCCGCGGGUGGGACUCCCCGCAGAAAGGGGAAGAGCAGAGCCGCCGCCGUCGCUGCGAUGGGGCUCAUGGGGUGCGCGUCGCCGAGGAACGCGCGGAGGGCCCGGAGGAGGCUGGAGAAGGAGAUCGUUAGGGAGGAGAGGGAAAUUGGCCCCGCGGAGGAUGACGGUGGGAGGGUGAGAAGGAGGAGGCAGAGUCGGUCCAAGGUGGCCAACAAGGAGAGGUUGAGCCUGCUCCCUUCGGUGCCUUCUUCUCCCGGCCCAGCAGCAGAAGUCGGCGGUAGCGACGGUCGCAGCAGCGUAGAUGGGUUACAGGAGCAGAUCAUCGAGCUUGUAAUGUGGAAGAAUGUCGCAAAAUCCACCCUUUGGUUUGGACUUGGCUCCAUGUUCUUUUUGUCUUCUUGUUUCUCCAAGGACUUCAGCUUCAGCAUCAUCUCUGCAAUGUCUCACCUGGGUGUCAUCAUUUUGGGCGUAGCCUUCUUUAAGGAUUCUGUUCCUCACAGGCAUCAGCUGAAGACGACAAGGAAACUCCAGCUAACAGAAGCCGACGUCGUCGGUGCCGCACAGGUCAUUCUGCCAGUGGCCAACGCCGCCCUCGCCAAGACCCAAGAAAUCUUCUGCGGCGAUCCACUGAGGACUCUGCAAGUUGCUCCCGUUCUUCUAUUUGGGGCCAUGUAUGGCCACCUGAUAACCCUGCGGAGACUCCUCGCAACCGGGUUUUUCUUGAGCUUUACUCUACCAAAACUCUGCUCCUGCUACUCACAGCAGAUACAUAACAAAGUUGAGAGUACGAUAAGUCGGGUUCAAGAAGCAUGGAGAUGUUGUCCGCGCAAGAAAUUAAUAGCGGCAUCAGCAGCCACAAUGUUCUGGAACUUGUUCGGUGUGAAGUCACGCAUCUUUGCAGCAUUUAUUUCACUGGUAAUACUUAGGUAUCACCAUCAGCAAGUAGAGGAUAAUGGAAAGAGAGAAAGGAAGGAAGAAGAGCAGCAGGAAGCAGAGUUACAACCAGAACAAGUGCAAAUGUGAAUUGAGUAGUUGCUGCAUUUCCCAGUGUUACAAAAAAUCUUUGUAUCAGAACCGUAACCUAUUGCUAACUCUUGGAAGAUUUAAGAGAGGCAUGUUAUCAUUGUGCUCAAGAACAACAUCUUAUUCCCAAAAGAGCUAUUUAUUGCCUGCUGCAUUAGAACAUCAUGAAGUUAAAUGCAUUCUUGAAUUGCUCUA